UGAACGAAACUGUGCACAUGGCAUCUGAUGCAGCUAAUCUAAAAACCUGUCGACGGCUCAAGAAUAUCCCUUUUAGGGCUCACGGCGCCCAGAUGCAUGUUACGAUUAUAGAGAGGCAGUUGAUGAAGAGACAUUUGCGGUACCGGAAAUAAGAAGUGAAAGCUUGAGAUCAAGGACCAUAUCACAGGACUGUCAAAUAUACAAAUGGCGCUUCUGAGGACAGUCGGUUCCUGCGUGAAAUUAUUGGCGUGUUUUCUCAUCCCGUGCACACAAAUGCUUCUGAGUGCCGCCGUUUUAGCAGAAGCAGAAAAGCAGGAUCUAGGCAGCGCCGUGCAAGUGCAAGGUGGUAGAUCCGAUCGGCGUCCGUGCGUGUGCUUCGUCAAUAGUGCCAGAGUGCGACCCUUACAUUGCUCUCGCACGGUAGGGCGUGGCACGGGGUCGACUGCACGAGUAGUGCAUUACUGUCGUGGAGACGAAUCUGGACCCUGGGUCGGCUGUCGGCCUCCACAAGGCAACAACAACAUAGCAUGCAUACCACGAACCAGUACGGAGAUUGUAUCUCAAUUCAUGAGCGACUACUUGGAGCAGUUAACAACUUACUUGGCCUGCGUUUUCGCACCAUGCAUGAAGUGUCCAGGAGGGUAUUCUCCUUUAGCAGCCUGCUUCGCCUUCCGUACAAAGCCUCGCAAAAAGAUUAAUUUCAGAAGCGUAGAAGAGUCUCCGUUCCUCAUCGGUGUCAAAUGGCAAGGCUUCUCCAAGAAGCUUCACGGGAAGACUGCCAGUCUGCUCGUAUUAAUUUGUUGGUCAGAGCGGUCGUGUGAUUUUCAGUGCGCUGAAGAUCACGUUGACACUCGAGCGGGCGUCUACAUGGUGCCCUCCAAUCUCUUAAGGUUCAGCGUCUUUAUCGGGGUGUACACAUCCAGAAAACUGUUUUCCAGCUUCUUCGACAGCAAGAAAAUCGAGCCAAAUCCUCCGUGUCACGUCAUGGUCCGACCUUACGGGGCUUCAUCGGUGAAACUAACGUGGAAAGUGUUUGGGCAUAUGUAUGACGGCUUCCAAGUGUCCUGGUGUCCCUGGGUAGGCACCUGCUUCGCGGCGGUUUUGCCAGCUAAUCAGACCUUCGUCGUCAUCGGAGAUGUUUCACCAUUCCGAAAAUUCUACUACAACGUUCAGACGUUCCGUGGGAAUUCCUCGAAUGUAACCUACAGUGAACCAGUAACAGCGCACUGGAAAGCUCGAACUAACUUCGAGGUCGCCAUGUACUUGAAGAUGCUCGUGGAAUUCCUUAUGGCUGCCGUGUUUGCUGGAGGUGCAGCUAUUCUGUUGGGAUUUAUUCUGGUAGUCCGAGAUCAGCAUGCUGACGGAGCGAACGAUGGUGACGUAGACGCAUCCCAGAGGGGCGACCACCGACGGGUGUUCCGCCACCGUCAACCACGACCCAGACGUGUCUGCUCCAGAGGCGACAGCUGAUGAUUUCCAGCAGACAUACAAAAAUAUCUUCUUUCGAUGUUGUCUACUACGGGGUUUUCGUGUAUUCAACAUGAUCUAUACGUACUUCCUACAAUAUGUUUCCCCGACAAUUCUUACUUUCGUAUCGUUCUGCAAGCGUCCGUGGCGCAUCCCUGACUGCACGCCAAAUGUGCCAUCCUUAUAUGGCUGUGUCGCGCACAGACAGCGCAACAGUUUUGACGGUGUAUUAGAAU